AUGCCGCUCCUGGGAAAUCGACUCCACGUUCUGAACACUGUUGUUAAAAAGCCUAGGAAGAGCAGCGAAUUCACUCCUAUGUUUAAGUUUGUUGUUCCAGAUACAAAGGAAAUCUGCUCUUCCGAAGAUGAAUUGAGACGAAAAACAACAUUGUACAAGUCCAAGAUAUGGACUUGUCGGGUAACCGGUCGGGCAAAUUUGACUUACAAAGAAGCCAUUAAAUCGGAACAUGUUAGUUUGAAUCUUCUGAAGAAAUCUAUAUCGGACCAUUAUCGUGCCGCUAUUUUGCAGAUUGUUCACAAAAGUAAACGAAUAAUUUCAUUAAAACUCUUAGGCACGUCCCCACUCGAACCGCUGACCCAAGCAUGCUGGGCUAAGGUUCAUGAGCGGUUUGCCGUUGGAGAACCAGUUUUACUAAAGGUUGACUCAAACAAACCAAUUCGCGCAACCAUCUUAGGUAUUGAUGAGGCCAUCGAUAAGCCUGUGGUUAUUGACUUGUCAAAAGAUGAAACCAGUUCUCCGAACAACAGUGACAAGGAAAAUAAUGUGAAUACCAAACGGUCCACCGUGACCCAAGAUAAUUUCUCAUACAGUGUUCAGUUGGUUUCUGAUGAACUUGUUAACGUCAAUAAUGUCCCUGCUAAGUGCAUACAACGUGUUCAUCGCGCUCCAUCGAAAGACCACAUCAGGAUGUUCAUUCGCGCACACGCUAUGCGGUAUGGUCCAUCUUCAAGUGGUCCUUGGGUCGUUGACCCCGUCGCUCUUCGAAAAUAUUGUCCCACUCUCAAAAUGUCGAAUAAUCUUGUUGACAAGGAUAAGUUGAGAAUGGUUUCCGAGACGUAUGAAAUGAAAUUUUAUGAAAAGAUAACCAGUGAAAAAUACAAGGGGCAUGAUGCCAGUGGUGAAACAGCGAUAAAACUUUCCCCAAAGAGCUUGAGAGUUUUCAAGAACUUGUCUGCGCUUCGCAACGAUUCUCCUAGAAGUCCUGUGGAGGCAGUACCUCUGAAACCAAAAGAGACGCCUGACGGCAAAUUGUCAAAAAAAAUGAAGCAGGCGAUACUUUCAUUUGAAAAGUCUAUGGGAUCUCCACCCUCUGCGAGGAAGAGUAAAUCUGAUGCAUCACUCAAAUCUGAUGUCACCCUGCCACCUAUUGCCAAGCGUCUUAUUCGAAGCCUCAAAGGGAGCGUGGAAGCGAACGCUCUUAAAGUGAUUGUCUCGCGUUGUGUCUCGCUCCUUACUGACGCGCAAAUUCGGGCCCUUCCUGAUGCUGCUCAAAAACUCGUUAUUGAUAAGAAGAUUGCCAUUGAAAAUCGCAAAAAAAUGCAAAACAUGACCCCUGAACAGCAAAAGGCCUACUUGCGUGAUCUGCGUUUACAGCGUCGUACACUGAUUGAUGAAAACGCACCCUACCUCGAGACUGGUGUCCAGAUUGCACCACUUCCUGAACCUCGUGCUUUCCCACUACCCCCAAAUAUGACCUCCCUACAAUUUAGUCGCAUUUUGAGUUUCACUGAAUUCAUCGCUUGUUAUCAGCCUCUGCUAACAGAGUCUGCUCUUUCACCCGGGGAAAUGCUCUAUCCCACUCGUAUAAAACAACUUGCCACUGAUCUCUGUCCCUCCAUGACGGAUAAUGAGAAGGAGGAGGAAUUCACGACCGAUGUUGAGGAAGAAUCUGCUUUAACAUCAACUGACGCCGGGCUUCCUAGGGCGUCUGUUCAGGGGCUGCGAUGUCUCAGUUUAGACCGGGUGCUCAGAGCCGUGAGCGAACAGCACAUGUCCGCUGCAGCCUAUCGGUGCUUGGCUCGGCCCAUGGGCUCACUGUUGCGUCUGCUCUUUUUCAGUGAACAGUUCUCUAAACAAACAGAGCUGGGCAUCCAACUCUCUAAAAUUCCCAUCACACCGUACACGGCUCCGGAACUCCUGCGUCUACUGUUGCAGUGCAAAUUGGCCAAUGACACAUGCUCAACAAAUGACCGGGCCGUGGCCCGCAUUUACCAAAUCGUACCCAAUAGUAGUGGCAUGCGCAACUUACUGCCCUCUAGGGAUGCCCUCGGUGCUGCGAGUCUUAUCAAGCACCUCACCUCGGCUGAUUUAUUUGCCUUGGAUACAGAGCACCGUAUUUUAGCCAUUGAAGUCCUCAUUGAGCUGAUGCUCGAUUUUGACACGAUGGACGAGUACAUGCACAUGUGCAACAGGAGGGCCAUUAAAGCAUGGCAGGAUCGGUUAGCACUGGCUAAGCAGAAACGAACAGUUGUCCCUCCCGCACUCUCUGCAGCUAAAUCAACCGUUGAAAAGGAACCCGAAUCAGAUGAUUUGGCUUCGAUUGUCAAAAGUCGUCGUGUCUUGGCUGCCAAGGCCGCUGAAGAACGUGGAAUUCGUGAAGCGAAAGAGCGGGAACGACGUGAGUUGGAGGCCAAAAUUGAUGCCGAAGAGAAGGCCCUGGCCAAAGCCGAAUAUGAACACACAAUAGCCUCCACUGAGGCCAAACUCGCCUUUCGUGUAGGCGCUCUCGGUACCGAUCGUCGAGAUCGCCGCUACUGGCGUUUCUUCUGUGCACCAAAUCGACUCUUCGUUGAGUCCAACUGGGCGCCUGAAGAAUACCAUGUUGGGGACAGUCUCAUAAAGGAGCCAUCUGCUGUUACAUCAUUUCCCCCAUCCCAUACCUUCCCCGAAGGUCUCGGCAGUUACGAGAUAGUCCAUCGUUUCGGUUACGCAGCACGAUCGCAGUGGUAUGUGUUUGACCGACCAGAUGAGUUGGACGCUUUGGCCAACGCUCUUGUUGAAAGAGGGGCACGGGAGAGUCAGUUGAGGAAGAACCUUGUUCAGUCCGGCCUCUUGGAUAGUGUGAAGGAGUUGAUCACGCUGUCGAAAGUCGAAGAAAGCCAUAAUGAGUCAGAUGAAGGAAGGAGUGUUUCUUAUAUGUCACCUGAUGAGGUUGUUAUUAGUACGAUCACUGCCAAAGAGCGCGGUGAUGCCGAAUCUAUUCUCGCCAACGUUCUUCUCAAGGCAAGUUCAAAUGUCUACGAAACUGAAAUUCAUCUUCGUGACGGCGGACUUGGUGGUGUUCCAGAUUUUUCUGCUUGGAUGACAAACAUCAUUGCUAUUCAAGCGAAGUAUGGGCUCUGCUUGUCUCUCACCGGUAGUGUUCCAUCCACUCCCGCAAAGGGGAAUCCUGGGGCUGUAUUCCCUCCCUCCACCACUCCCACAACCUCUUUUGCAUCUAAGACGCCUCUACGAUCUGUGGCGGAGGCUCUUAUAGCGGUGGGUCAGCACGUUCACCGUCGCUUCUUGAGUGUGCCCAAAUUAAGGCUGCAGCAAACAUCCAGGCGUCGUGGAGAGAAUGGUGUUGAUGGGGUCAUUUACGAGAAUGGUGAACAGGCGCCUGAGGAGGACGACCGCAAGGCGAUUGGCGAAGAAGAGGGAGGGCAAGGGCAACGUUCCGAGACUAUUGAAUCGGAGAAGAAUCGCGCACACGAUGGUGAUGUGGAGCUCUGGAUGGACGCCUGGGUCAAAGCUGUCCGUUCUGCUGCCACGCUCUCUCGGCUAAAUGUUCUACAUGCAUGUCUUGACGCCUGCAUUCUGUGGGAGAAAUCAGUAGCCAACAUUCGUUGUCGUAUCUGCCGCCGCAAUAAGGACGAUGACAGUCUGUUGCUCUGUGAUGGAUGCAACUCCGGCUUCCAUCUCUACUGCCUCCGUCCACCACUGCACUCGAUUCCUAGUGGUGACUGGUUCUGUGUCUCCUGCAAGCCGCCCAGUUGCUCCGGAACCACUAGUCAGCAGCGGCGCGAUCGCCGAGAGGCCUCAGAGGCGUCGGACAGCGACGAGGCACGAAGCAGCGCGAGCGACUCCGGUGAUGAGAGCUCCUCCUCCGGAAGGGAGGAGGAGGAUGUCUGUCUGAGGAGGGGGCAACAGCGUUCCCCCAGAACCUCUUCCCUGAAUCCGGUGUCAAAUGACACUAUAUGCCUAGUUUGUGACGAUGGGGGAACGGAGGAAGAUGAGUUGGUGGGCUGCUCCACUUGUCCCAACGCCUUCCAUCCAAACUGCCACAACCCGCCCUUGCGCUCGGCGAACCGACGCGCCCCCUGGGUGUGCUCCGUGUGUCGCAUCAGUCGCUCCGUUUCGGGCGGUCUCUCUGCCAUGGGACAGUCGCUCCGCCUCCGGGCUUCCAGUCGGGUCAACCGCAAAAGCAGCUACCUUCGACUUCAUCGAGUCCAGACAACACCGAAGAAGCGACCGCGUCCGAUUUCUGAUGAUGACGACAGCUCUGAUGAGGAGUCGGAUGAUGAUUCACGAAAAGAAGAUGAAGAGGAGGUAGAGGAGGAGGAAAGAGCGAACGACACUGAAACAACUGAAGAGCAGGCGGAUGAGCGAGCGGUCUUUGCUCCACCAGCCAAGCGACUUAGGAUUGCGCCACAAUUCACCUGUGCUGACCUCAUAACCGCCGUCCGAAGACACCGCAGUUCAUGGCCCUUCCAGGAGCCUGUUGACCCGAAAGAGGUACCCGACUACUAUGAGAUAGUGGUGGAUCCCAUAGACCUUUCUAUGAUUAACAGUUGGCUUGAAAAUGGUCGUUACGAGGGCGCCGAGGGUCCAAGGUUUCUCUCUGAGGACCUGGCGAAGAUGUUCUUUAAUGCCGAACUCUACAAUAGCGCUGACUCUGACAUCUGGAAGGCGGGAUCGCAUUUGGAGAAUUACGUACAAUCUCUCUUCAAAAAGUUUGCUCCACGCCUUGGGGGGAUAUCACUGCUUGCAGUUCAACUAUCUCAGCAUGACGGAACUUGA